AUGGUGCAUUCGGCCAUGUAUGGUCGUAUCCAAAAUACCCGCAAAAGAACAUAUUAUGCUCCCGGGGGGGUCUCCGGGGCGCCCUUCCCAGCCCCACCCCCCAGGGGUGAAUUUUCAGUUUUGCGAGUGCCGUGCGUUUCCCGCCUCCUGUGCUCCACUGGGCCUCGUUACGGUGGUAUUGGGGCACAUUUUCGCACACAAGCUAACCCUUGUAGGUGUUGGGUUGUUCCGGUGUUUUGGGUUGUGCCGGCCUGGUGGCGCCGGGGCGGGGUGGCAGUUUUCUGGCCGAAGCAGGCGGCCUCCACAAUAGUUGCGCCUCUGCCAUUUUGGCGUUCUACUAGUUGUUAUUCUUCUUUUGGUCGUUCGUAG